AUGGAGAGGGAGGUUAGGAGGCAGGUUUCGGAGGUGGGAGUUGUCGUAGGGCUUGCGCAGCAGGGGAAGGGGAAAGGGAAUCAGGUGAGAGGAGUGUUGUUGGCGGAGAGCACACAGAGGUUGUUGUGGAUGUCUCAUCAGUGUUUGCCUUCUGUUGUUGCAGAGGCGAGGUUCGAUGUUGGCAAGUUGUUGUUGAAUUAUUCUGUGCGGAGUAUUGAUGAGAAGGUGGAGAUGGAGAAGGAGGAUGGGAUGGAGGUGGAGGGAGAGGAAGUGAAAGAUGAAGAUGAAGAACCAGGGCAGCCUUUGUGUGGGCUGGUAAAGCAGGUUCAGCACCUCACACAAAUCUCUACAUCCUCAUCAAAUCCCUCACUACCCUCACAACCCCCCUCCUCCGCAACACACUUUCCCCCCUCCUACAGCACCUCCUCUCACAAAGCAUCCUUUUCCAAUCUGACACUUCCAAACCUUCCCUCUGGCUUUCUUGCAUACCACACAUGCCGGUCGCCAGGUGCCGAGUCGACCGACGGUACGCCUCUCAAGGAUGAAGGCGAGGUGGUUAUUAGGUUUCUUGAUGAGUGUGUCCAGUGGUGCCUGAAGACGCCGUGUUGCUACAUUGAGGACAUGUACGCUCUUUUCACUGCAACACCUGGAGAGAUCCCAGACAGGUUAGACACUUGCCCCAGCCCAUUGAGUCCCUCCCAAGUAAGGCUGCUAGCAAGUCAAAUCUCUAAAUUUCAUGCACCUGCAAUCCGAGAUCUGGUGGAGCAUCUGGAUCCUGAACAGUCCAAAAUCUGGGAUGGACUCGAGUCUCGAGGUUGUAUCGGAUUUUCAGGCCCAUUUGGACCUCACAUGGCUUUUCUUACACGCGAGAGAAGAUGA